AUGGGCGAAACGCGGGGUAGUUCUUCGGGAGCUGCUGGGAUGGGAGGGUGGAUGGAGGCGGACACGGAUGAGGUCUCGACUGGAGGAUUGGUUGGGGUAGCUGGUAUAAUUGGCGAAGCAGGUGUUGGCAAGGGCGACACGAUACAUGGCGGAGAGAUGAGUGGCGGAGAGAUGGGUGGCGGAGAGGUAGGUGUUGGUAUAGGUGGGUUUGAUGGGGAAUUUGGUAUUGCUGGUGUGUCGGAUGAAGGAGGCGGCAAUCCAGAGGAUGGUUGUUCUGGAAGGGAGAUGGGCGGAAGAGGAAUAUGGGACUGUGUUGGUGAUUUGGGGAAUCGUUCUCGUACCACGUCCCAGGAAUCAAGGCUAUUGGAAGAAUCCAGAUAUUCACAAAAGCAGCAGAUCCACUAUGGAGACACCACCAGAAACCUAGAACAAACACGACAUUCCGGCUCUACCUUCUCUCAUCCAUCCUCGGCGUUCUUCGCAUUCCUUGUCAUCCCUCUCCCUACUAUCGUCCUCACUAAUCCGCACGAGAUCCGGUCGUAA